AUGAGCAAACCAAUUUUGAUUAUGUCUGAAAUUGUUUCUCAUUCUGGAGAAUUUUAUCAAAUGGAAGAAAAAUAAUAUGGGAGUACAGAAUUGUAUUAUGCACUUUUUUUAUCAAACAACUAUAAAAAGGAAUAUUUGCUGGAUGAGAGAGAAUAAAAAGAUAAUAUCUAAAAGGUUAGGUAGAUUCGCCAUUUUUUAAGGAUGGCUGAAAUCAACUAAUAGUAUUAUUAUAUUUUCCGAUACGUAAAAGGAGAGAAAAUAUUGGAUUUUAUAGCCAAAAUGAGAUGUAGAAAUUAAACAAUAAACUCAGAAAUAAUUGGUUUAUUUGUUGGUUAAAUAUUAGAAGCAUUAUUUUAACUCCAUAAACUAAGCAUACUAGGUAGAAUAUUUUCAGUUGAAAAUAUUAUAAAUAGUUAUGGAACUUUAGUUUUAAUGGAUUUUGGUUUUGGACCUGAUUUAAAAUAGGAUAACCUAGAUAUUUUAGCGCCACCAGAAUAAAUACGAGAAUUACUUAACUAAAAUUCUCAAAUGUAAAAAAUAAAUUACAGUGCCCUUAAAAUUGAUUCAUGGUUAUUAGGUGCGUUUUUAUAUCAUCUUGUAAAAUUGAGACCUAUAAAUUCUAUCUAAAAUAAAAAUAAUCCUCAAAAAAUGCAAAUUUUCAAAUAUACAGAACUCGUUUACUAUUACGGCUACAUUUAGGAGCAAAUGAAAAGCAGUUUUCACAUAAAUGCUUAGACUAAUAGAUAUCAUUAAACUCUGAUAGAUUUUAUUCACGGUUUAUUGACUUAUAAUAGUUAGAAAAGAUUAUCCUUCUUUGAGAUACAUCAAAGUGAAUACAUCAAAAGCUUAAAUCUAGGUAAAUCGGAAGAAUACAUAAAUUUCUAUAAAAAUUUUUCAGAAGAACAGAUUAUUGAAAAAUUAAUUAUAAGAGGAGGAAUUUCUUAAUCUUUCGUAAUAGAGUCAGGUCUUUUGCAGGUAGCUCAAAAAGAGUAAGAAAAGAAUGAGAUAUAAACAAAAUAAUUUGAUCUCUUAAUAAGUUCACCCGUUGAAACAGGUAGUAAGUAAGACACGCCAGAAAUUUAAAGUAAAAAGGAAUCAGAAAUAAAACAUAUCAAAUUUCCUUAUAAUGCCUCUUUCAUAUAGGUAGAUUUAUUUAAUAAUAAUAGGACUCCAAAUAUUAUGAUAUCUGGAAGUAAAUCAACUUGGAAUAGUUUCGGUAUUUUAUACUCAAUGAUACAGCUGAUUAAAUUAAAGUUGAACAUCCUGAAGGGGAUUAUAAACUUUCAUUAGUAGCUUAAUAUGCUUUAAGAAAGCAAAGUUAUUUUAUAUUAUAAGAUCUCAUUGGAAAAAUAAAAUCAUGUGAUUAUCCUUGGUAAGGAAACUCAUUGACAAACUGGAAAAAUUUCAAAUAGGAAAAUAAAUUCUAAUUUUUGGAAAAUGGCUUAAAAGACGCUAGUACGAUUACUGUUUAGCGCAUGGCUUAAUUAUAAGAAGAAUUACAUAAAAAUUCAAAAGCAAUUGAGAAUUUUCUUAGUACUCAAAAAUCUAAUGAAUUAUAUGAGGUUUUUAAUAAUAUUCUCAAAGAGAAAAAUAUAAUUGAUCAGGCUAAAGAUCAAACCUCAUUGGAUAUAUACUCAGUUUUUUAAAGUGUAAGUACUCGAGAGACAUCUUAAAAUCAGAGUGAAGAUUAGAAGUAAUAAGUUAGAGAUAACUAAUAAGCUGAAUGGUUUUAAGGGUUUAAGGAAGUUAUCAAUCAUCUUUUCAAAUAUUUCAAUGAAAAUACUAAAGAUCCAAAAUUUAUACAAAAAUACAGUCAAAUAGUGUUAAAGAUUUUGUAUUGCAGACUUAUCAAUAUUUUAUUUUCUUUUGAAAGUGCAAAAAAUAAUUUUAAAAAUAUCAAGCGUCCUGAAAAAGAAGCUGUUACACCAGAUGAGAUUUAUUGCUAUAUAGAAUCUUAAGAUAACUAUGAAGUAAAAUAUAUAGAAAUUUAAGACCUUUUGAAUAAAUAUUUUAAAGUGUGAGCAGCA